CAAACAAUUGAUCUUCAAAUUAUUUUCGUCUACCAAACACCAAACCUUCCUUCCUUCUAACCGAGUAAUGAGCAAUGGCAGGACCCGCUAGCACGACGUCCUCCAUGACCUCAACCUCUCAUACAUUAACACACGCUCCAUCAGUAGGGUUUUUAUCUGCCUUUGCCGAUCCUUCGAAACCAUCUAGCGCCGUAGAGAUGCUCGAACUCUUCGAAGCCAUAAAGUCCGGCAACCGACACAAUUUCCUACAGCCUACGCCCUCGAUCCCAAAUGCCUCGCUUCAACUUGCCAAGGCGACGCUAGAUGCAUAUGCUGGGCAAAUAUGCGACGAACAGCAGCAGCGCCUAAGAGAAGAGGGUAAAAAACGAAAACGAGCCGAGAACGGUCUAGGCAAAGCCGAAAUCCUAAAAAUUAGGAAACUUCAUAUAGAUGGGUUUGAAAGUGGCCAAGUUUGGCAGCAGGCUAGAAGAAUAAUCGCGAGUACAUUGCAUGAUUCAAAGAGUGUGCUUCAAGAAUUAGAAGACCAGAACGAGGUCCAACUAAACGGCAUCAAUGGAGAUGCACAUACCGACGCUCCUAAUUCGGAUGGGGACAUCUCCGAAGUUGACUCUGCCGAUGGUGAGUCAGCCUCGGAGAUCGAGGACUCGGAAGAGGCUGAGCAUGAUGUCAAUGAUGACGAAGAUUUAGACGAGGAAGAUAUUGAAGAUGAUGCCGAAUUAUCUAUGAACGGGGCCAAGGAAGAUAUUGACGACUUUGAUGAGGAAGACGAUGUCGAUGGGGAGGAUGUGGACGAGGACGAUGCUGAAGAGGCUUCCCAGGAGUUAGUUGAAGACCCGAAUGGUCUCAACGACGGGUUUUUCUCUAUCGAUGAUUUCAACAAACAGACUCAGCGGUUCGAGGAUGCGGAUGCCCGAGGCGACCCAGAUGUCGACAACGCAAGUGAUGAUGAUGAAUUAGAUUGGCAUACCGAUCCAUUUGCCGUCAAGCCACCUAUAAAUGGGAAGGGUGCCAAGAAGCCUAUAAAGAGCACCGAGGGCGAGAUGGCUUCUGAUGUGGAAGGCGAAGACGAAGAUGAGGAAGGUGGUCCUACCUUUGGCGAUAUGGAUCUAGAUGCCCCGGAGGGAGACAGCGAGGAUGAAGGAGAAGGGAUCAACAACAUGGAUGGGGGCGAUGAUUUCAAUGCUAAUGAGAUCUAUUAUAAAGAUUUCUUCGCGCCACCGCAACAAAAGGGCGCCAGAAACGGCAAGGCCAGAAAAUUCAAGGAGCCUCGUCCGACGGAAGUAAAUAGCAAUGAUGUCGAGCGAGCCAUAGCUGACGUUCGACGAGAUCUGUUUGAGGACGAAUCAGAGCGAGAAGAUUCUGAAGAUGCUCUUUCUGAUGUGUCCGCAGGUGAUCCCAAAUCGAGAAAGUCUGCACAUGAAAGACGACAAGUCAAAUUGGCGGAAGAGAUAAGAAAACUCGAGGCCGCAAAUGUAGCUAAAAGAGAAUGGGUAUUAUCUGGCGAAGCUCAGGCUGCCGACCGGCCAAUGAACUCUCUACUAGAGGAGGACCUUGACUUCGAGCACGUGGGCAAACCUGUACCGGUUAUCACCGCCGAAGUAAGCGAGAGCAUCGAAGACAUGAUCAAGCGCCGUAUCCUAGCGCAAGAGUUUGACGAAGUUAUCAAACGACGUCCUGAUGCUACCGAGUUCUCUUCCAAUACUAGACGAGGGCUUGUCGAUCUCGAUGAUAGCAAAGCUAAGCAGUCACUUGCGGAGAUCUAUGAAGAGGAACAUGUCAAGAACGCAAACCCGGACUCCUACGUGAGCAAGGCCGACGAGAAGCUUCAGAAGGAAGAAAAGGAGAUCGAGGAGAUGUGGAAAGAAGUUAGCGCAAGCCUCGACGCCCUCACUAGCUGGCACUACAAACCAAAGCCUACCGCACCCUCGCUUACAGUUGUCUCAGACGUGGCGACGAUCAGUAUGGAAGAUGCUCAACCUACAACUGCGCAAGGCGUUAACGGCGGCGACCACACGUUAGCACCUCAAGAAAUCUACAAAGCUAGCAAGGACACAGCUGAAAAGGGUGAGGUGGUUGCUAAGAGCGGACUGCCUGUUGCUAAACAGGAGAUGAGCCGAGAGGACAAGAUUAGACGGCGUAGGAGAGAAAAGGAGAGGCUGCGGAAGGCCGGUGGGGCAGAAAACAAGAAGCCUCAGAGUGCGAAGGCUCAGGCUCAGAAACAGACCCUCGGCGAUCUCAAGAUGGGUGGUGUCAAGGUCAUUAAUAAGAAGGGAGAGAUUGUGGAUAUGGAGGGUAACAAAGCGAAGGCUACUAAGGCUGCAUCGAGUAGUAGUUUCAAGCUUUGAUAAUACC